CAUCUCUGCGUGCACGACUCUCUCCUCCGCAGUGCACUGCUGGACAGCGCUGAGUGCGGAGUACAGGACAGUACAGGACAGUUAGCGCGCAUCAGCGAGGGCACGCGCUUCCGUACAGUCCUAAAGUCCCAAGCACCAGGCACGCACCAGAGCAGCACCCACAUGGACCUAAUAUGAACUGUCGGAGGGUUGAUCUUCACUUCACGACUCACACUCACAGAUUUACAGUUUGAGAGGGAAGGGACAUAUCAGACAUGGACACCUUGGUGUGGAUCUUGAUUUGUGGAGCGCUGGGGCUGGUGUUUGGCUCUAAGCUGGAGUGGCCCACAGAUGAGGAGUGUGAGUCAGGCAAUUACACUCAUGACGGGGAGUGCUGUUUGCAGUGUCCUCCAGGAGAGGGAGUGGUCAAGGAGUGUGGGGCCACCCAGACCGAAUGCGGUCAAUGCUUAGACAGUGAGACGUUCUCUGAGUCGUUCAGUCACACAGAGAAGUGUCAGACGUGUAGAGAGUGCACAGGUCUCAUGCGCAUGCAGACCCCCUGCACCGAUUCAAACGACGCUGUGUGCGUGUGCAACUACGGCUACUUCAUGAACGACCUGACGAACCAGUGUGAGCCGUGCACCGUGUGUCCACGCGGUCAGGGUGUGCUGAUACGCUGCGAGCACACUCACGACACGGUCUGUGAGGAGUGUCUGGACGACACCUACUCUGAUCAGGAGAGCACGCUGGACCCCUGCCUGCCUUGCACCAUCUGCGAGGAGGGAAUAGAGAUUCUCAUGAGGAACUGCACACCCUAUGAAGAUGCAUGGUGUCACGAUCCAUUGAGUCCUACCUAUCCCGCUUCCACUAGUGAUUCCAGUUCACUUGUCACUGAUCCGAACCGUUUGUGGAGCCCCAACCCCGGAGGGGAUGCAACAACACCCAAACCCAGCCCGCCUCACUUCAUUGGCAGAGGGCUAAACGAGAAUCUGAUUCCCAUCUACUGCCCCAUCCUCGCAGCGGUCGUUGUCGGUCUCCUGGCUUACAUCAUCUUCAAGAGGUGGAACAGCUGCAAGCAGAAUAAACAGGCAGCUAAUAAUCGCGCAGCCACAGCCAAUCAGACGCCGUCUCCAGAGGGAGAGAAGCUGCACAGUGACAGUGGCAUCUCAGUGGACAGCCAGAGUCUGCAGGAGCAGCAAGCGCAGACACAAACGCAGGCGCAGGCGCAGGCCCACACACAGCUGCAUGCAGCAGAGCAGAUCGUGGUGAGAGUGGAUGGAGGGGCUCAGCCUGACUCCCCCCCACCUCAGGCCUAACCAGUGAGGAAGAGGACACUACAGUACGUUAUCAAUACAACAGUAAAGAGGGGAUGAGAGGUUGGAGUGAAGGAGACAAGGAAGCAGAAAGAGGAGAACGGAGGAGCGAAGCCAUGAUGGCCAUCCAGCAAGAGACAUAGAGACCAGACCUUUGAUCCUUUUGAACCCAGCAUGGACGAUUCGUUGAUGAGCUGGUUCAACAGCACCAAUGGAUCCACAUCAGCGAUCAGACUCACUGGCUUUAAAUAGCUACUUCGAAAUAAACACAAGCCUAUUACUCUGAAGAAAGAUCACCAUAAUGUAUACUGAAACCCACCACAAACUGAUGAAUGUUUAACAUAUACUGGGUUUCUCAGAUGUAUUAAUGUGCCCUUGUGUCAUGGGCGUCACGAGAGGACGUAAAGAGACGCUAUCACAGGCUUCACGGAUAUCGCGAAAUUUAGCAACCGCACCACAGUUCCUCGACCCGGAGCCUUUUGCCUAAUCUAAUAAGGAUUUCGUUUUUGCCUUAUCUUUGAAGUAUUAACAGAUUUUGUCUAUAACAUCAAUGCCCUUUAUUUAAUCCGAAUUGUACACAUUUUCAUUCAGCCCUUUCCAGGCGUGUUAAAACUUUAGUGGGUUGUAUGCAGUUAGCGCAUAACUACCGGUCGCCGUCUAGUUUCAAAGCAGCUGAUCGCAGGUCAGCGUUUACGGGCAACAACUCACGACUGUGACAUUUGCUGACCUUUAAUAAUGUAAUGACUCAGAUCUAUACUUAGCUCGCCUUCCUUUUUCUCUCUUUCACAACGUUUUCUCUAUAAAACACACACAUAGCGUGUCAUAUUCCCUGCCUUCCUCUAGUUACUGCAGUUUAGGUUUCAUCGCCUAGAUCUUCUCGCCUUACCUCCUCAGAAAUCUGAGUCACAAUGCAAACAGAAACCAGAACUGAAAGAGCUACAGAACUAUUUUCAUGCCAUCAUGCACUCCUAGAAGUAAUCACCAUGUUUAUGUCCUAUAAAUUCAGCUAUACCAUUUUUCAGGUUUGAUAGCGAUUUGGUUCGAAUUCAACUUGGCAGCAUAGGUUCGUUAAUGAUUCUUUUAGUACUUUUGAGGACACUUAUCAAACUCUUUAUUAAUUUGUCUUAACUAUUUACUAAACAACUAUAAUAUUUUGCUAAUAUAAAGUUAAGUUGAAGACUUAAAACUCCAAAUGUGUAUCUUUAACUACAUAUUGUCAUAUGAAUAACCAGUAACUUCACAGACUUAAGUCUUAAAAGCCUUUUUUUUAAAAGGCUGUUCAUUGACCAUUAAUAUACAAUCAGAGAAGAUUAUUAUAUUUUCAAAUCCCCUUUUUAAAAUGUACUUCUCUUUAUUUAUUUUCUUAGACUCCACAAUCAUUGACUCUUACUGUAGCUCUUAAUGAGUCAUCUUCAAGGUUUUCUUCAUCUUUUGUCACUUUCUUUCUCACUCUUUGUCUUGGCUACAUGAUUCAUUCCAUGAAUGCUGGUGCAGAUUCAGAUGCUAUAAUGUGGUUUGAAUUACUCAACCAUCAGCAGUCAUGUGCUAGAAACGGUCAUGAUCGCUGUGAGAAAGAGAGCUGGUCUAAGGAUGCGUCACUGACAUGGACUAAGGGAUAGUUCACCCAAAAAUGAAAAUUAAAUUACUCACCCUCAUGUGAGACCUGAAGAUGAAUCAAAGUCUUAUGGGUUUGGAUCGACAGGAAGGGUGAGUAAUUAAUGACAGAAUUUUCAUUUUUGAGUGAACUAACCCUAAAGGGGCAAUAAAAAGUACUUUAACAUUGUUAUAUAAGCUUUAAACUAAAUGGUCUAACCAAACAAACAAGUUAACACGCAACAAAACAACAGAACAACUAAAAAUAGUCUUUGUUUCCUGUUUUCUAUCCAUCCGAUGGAUAUUGCACUCGUAAACAGACGUUAGGUUAGGGACCUAACACAGAUAUUCCAUAGCGCAUCGACACACACACAGUAUCUAAUGGACUGUCUUUCGAUGCAUUGCUAAUGCGCUCACUGUCAGGCUCUGGAAUAAACACGAGAGGCAUUAGUGAGACAUUCCUGUCAGGCAGGUCGUAAUUACCCCUGAAGCUUUCCAUUUCUCUUCCCCACAGUCAGUUCACUCUCCUGGGGCUCCGCUCUGCUCGGCUUCCCUUCUCUGAAGCUCUGCCUCUCCAUUCUGGGACUCACCAUCCAACUUUUCUGUUCUCAGCUCCACUAAUAUUCCUACACUCUCAAAAGAUGUUUUCACAGUGAUGCAAUAGUACAACCAUUUCGGGUUCCCCGAAAAACCUUUAGCCGUCAGUUAUUUUUUUCCCGAGUGUUAAGAACAUUUUAAUUGCCUUGAGAACCAUUUCCCCAAUAUAGACCUUUUUCCUGAGUAAACGAUGAGGGCCGCCAUUAUGAAUUCUAACUUCUGAUUGGAUGCUCUUCGGUUCCGGUUUCCAUAGGAACCCGUUCAAAUAGCGCCCAUCUGUUUUUAGAUAGGCGCAGGUUUGUCUCAUCUACAAACUCAUUAAACUUGGAGUUGUGAGGCACUGACAAAUGACGGUCAUUGUGACAUUGCAAAAGUGAUGGCGCUAUGGAGCCAUGUGCUUUUUAAAAACAUUUUAAUAGGUUUAACAUUGAUUAUCAGCUAGGUAUAUACGCUAAUUUGACUAGAAACACUGGAGACCAGAAAUGCGAAGCAUCCUUCCGGUAAAGAGUCAGACGUGACUUCCGGGUUCAGGAAAAACAUCUAUACAGAAACUUCUGUGCAAUGGAAAGGUUCUUAAAGGAACUAUAGAUACCAAUAAAGAACCUUAUUUUUAAGAGUGAAGAUCAAUGAUUGAUCUAUGGGAAAUCUCAUUUUGACAACAAGUCAAUAUGUUGAUACAACAUGCAUUUACACCUCCAAAAUCCAUCUUAUGCAAGUAGCUGUAUUUUGGAACAUUUCAGCUGAUUUAAGCUGAUCUUUAGCUGGCUGACCUGCCAUUCAAAAGCCAACUUGAUCACCUUAAGCUGGUAUGACCAGAUGGUAGCUGAUUUUGGUGGUUUACCAGCAACAAUAGAGGCUUUCGCACUGGAGGAACCUUUUCAUAGUUCCCAGAACUAUUGGCAGAAGGUCCUGCAUUUUGGCGUGUUUGCACCACAGGAACUAGCCUCGAUGAUGUGUAACACUACAAAGAUUUAGUCAGAUUUUCAUGCUCUUUCAAUCACAUAAAUUGUGUGUUCUCAUUCCAUCUCUGUUAUCACGAAACCCAUGACACACAACCAAAAAAGCUCAGAUCACUGCUUUCUCCAUUUACUGGUUGUUGAUGUUUGUAAAUGCCGCAAAUAAAGAUGGCCUCAUCGGGGUUCCUGCUGCCGAAUGCAACCAGGAAAACGGCCUGAGGGGAAAUUAGUUCAUUUAAAUCAAUAUGCUGGCUAGUUCCUGGAACUAUGUGGUGCGAAAGCCCCUUAUAAACAAACUUUUAUGCAAUCGUAAGGUUCCAUGGAUGUUACAGAAUGGAUGUUCUCAAUGGAACCAUAGAUACCAAUAAAGAACCUUAUUUUUAAGAGUGAUCAUCAGUGAUUAAUCUACGGGAAUCACAUUUUAACUCUUAAAAAAAAGUUUUUUUAUUGGCAUUGAUGGUUCCAUGAAGAAUCUUGAACAUCCAGGGGACCUUUCAAAUGCAGAAAAGGUUAUUCAUAGUGAAAGAAAUGUUCUUCAAAAUGGUUCAUUUAAGAACUGUUCACUGAAAGGUUCUUUGGGGAACCAAAAAUGGUUCUUCUACAGCAUCACCGUAAAAACAUCCUCUUUGAAGCCUUUAUUUUUAAUAGACCAUGCAUUUACACCUCCAAAAUCCAGCAGGUAGCUGUAUUUUGGAACAUUUCAGCUGAUUUAAUCUGGUCUUUAGCUGCUUGAACCGCCAACUUCAUGUUUAAAAGCCAACCUGACCACCUUAAGCUGGUAUAACCACCUGGUAGCUGUCUUUGGUGGUUUACCAGCAACCAUGUCCAAAAAAACUGCUAGCAGGGCCAUUAUACCUGUGCUCAGUGCAAAUUACUGAAUGGUUUUAGCUAUUAGACUCUAAUUCAGUUCUUACUUGAAGCUGUGCAUUACUUUAAAGUUUGAUAUAUGAGUUGGUGGAACAUCUCUGGUUCCUGCUUUUUGGCAGGCAGGUUGUCGGCUCCAUCAGCUUUUAUACGGCUUUAGUAGCGAGCAUCUCCCCUGGCGUUGCGCUUUCCAUUAAAUCAGGCAGCGAAGCAUAUCAUUGGCUUCAGGAGUUGCUCGCAUGCCAGUGUUUAAUGCACAUCAUGGGUUGAACGUUCACUCGUGGGGCACUUCGCUGAUGUUUGUUCUGAUAUUAGCCUACUCGAGAGAACCUGAUGAGAUCAAGAUAAGAUCUCUCGGUCUGUCUGCGGGAAUGCGCUGAGAACAGACUGGCUUGUGUUUAUCCCAUGCUUUGAUUCUUAACACAGAGCAGAGAAGCUGGCAGACAUCAAAUAGAAAGAGCUGUGAUGACAAUACAAUAGAAACCGGAGUGAUUGAUGCUUCUCAGGGGGCCGUUGAUGUGAAUAUAAUAUAUUGAAAAUAUGGCUAUAUUUUCAUAGAAUGUUAAAUUGAUUGGUUGUUGUAAUGUGUUCUGAGAAUAUAAGUGUGAGCAAGAGCCAUUUACCAUGUGUUUUGCAUAUAACCCAGACGACUUGUGCUUGGCAUCUACAUUAAUCCAUUAAUCCAUUAAUCAAUCAGUAAGCAUCUAAAACAAUUGAAUUUAACAGGUGGAUGGAGUCUUGAAUCAGUUCCCUGGAAUGUGCCAAAGUUUCCAUAAAUAAAAAACCUCCACAUUAAAAUGAUUAUAAAUCCAUUUGUCAGCCAGAAAGUGUAAACUUGUUCUCAAAAUAUUCACAUGCUAAAAACUCCAUCCUUGUCCCUCGAUCUUUCUUCAUUUCUACUUCAGUAAUUCUUUAUUUUUUUAUGAACUGAAGUUUUCUUUCUUUAAUUUUAAAUAGAUUUAUUCUUUGAGAGCAGUAUUUUAUAGAGACAGUUUACUUUCGUAGCACUUAAAACAGAUUGAAUUUGAACACUCAAAGAGUGUCCAUCACCAGAAAGUGCCUGUGGACUUAGUCAGGUGUCUUUGAGCAGUGUUCAACAAGUUUCAUUUCAUAUAUAAUGUUUAUGUAUCUAUUUUGCCUGUGUGUUCUGUGUUAAGUGUAUGUGAUAGUUUUUUGCCAUUGUUUUUUAUCUUGUUAAUCUUUAGUUAUAAAAAAUGUUGAUGAGGAUUGCAAAACAGUACGUCAUUAUCCAGGUAAAAUGCAUCCAGGUGAAUUUUAUCUAUUAUUCUGUUUCUGAGAAAUGCCUUCACUCCAAGAAUAGUGUAUUCAGGUAAAAUAUCUAAACAUCCUUGCUUUAGAAACAAAACUAAGACAUUUUCAGAGAAUUUAUGUUCAGUUGUCUGCACACACAAUUUUGUUAGAUUUAUGCUUAAAACAGUUUACUUGUUGGAUAAAAUGUAAUUAUAGAAAUUGUAAAUAUAUAGAUGAGCCCCUGGUUGUCACGUCCCGAUCAGUCUAGUGUUGAUAAGGCCAGUGACGAGAAAAAAAUUAAUCAUUGGGUGAGACGGGACAAUAGGGGGCUCGUCUCGGGUUAAUAUCCCCGACGAGCCCCCAACUGUCACAUACCAACCACGUCUUUAAUUUUUUAUUCGUGUUACCGGCCUUACCAGCCCUAGACUGGUCGGGAUAUGACAAUAUAUUCUCUUUGUCUCUUUGCUUUAUGAAUGUUUAGAUAUUUUUCUUGGAAAACAAAACAAAAAAACUUUAAGAAAUUAUUAUUUUUUUUUUUUUUUUU